CUCGCACGAAUAGCCCCGUGUUUAAAGUGGCCGGAAUACUUGCAGCUAAUAAUUUUUAAUUUAAUUCCAGUAACUUCCAGUAAGCAGGGGCUAGUGUUUGCUGGCUUGUCCGUCUUUUAGGGUUUCAAAUUUUUUAGCAGUUUGAACAGUGAUAGUAAAUGGAUGAGGCUUCUUCACCUCCGUCCAAGCGAAGGAGAAAGAACCCAACAAUAAUUACGAGUGACAUGUCAUCAUCGCCGUCACCGGUAGUCGUCUUUGCUCACGGCGCCGGUGCUCCUUCUUCUUCCGAUUGGAUGAUCAAAUGGAAGGAAAUGUUGAAAAAUGCUUUAAAUGCAGUUCAAGUGGUAACAUUUGAUUAUCCAUAUUUUUCUGGUGGAAAAAAGAGGGUUCCUCCAAAAGCAGAGAAAUUGGUGGGGUUUCACAAAGAUAUUGUGAAAAAUACUGUUGCUAAAUACCCUGGACAUCACUUAAUUUUGGCUGGAAAAUCAAUGGGUUCUAGAGUAAGCUGUAUGGUUGCUGCUGAGGAUGAUAUUACAGCGUCCGCAAUUAUUUGCUUGGGAUACCCACUUAAGGACAUGAAUGGAGCUGUGAGGGAUGAUACACUCUUGCAACUUGACAUACCUGUAUUAUUUGUACAGGGUAGCAAAGAUGGGCUUUGUCCUCUCGAAAAGUUGGAAGCUGUUCGCAAGAAGAUGAAGUCACACAACGAGUUACAUGUGAUUGAUGGUGGUGACCAUUCUUUCAAGAUUGCAAAGAAGCAUCAAACAAAGGGGUCAUCCCAAGACGAUGCUGAAGAUCUUGCUGUUGAGGCUGUUGCAUUAUUUGUUUCCAAGUAUCUUAGAGGAAAGUGACUCCUUCAUUUCCAUGUUCUUUUCUUUAACCACUGUUUCUUCUGUAUAUUGCUAUAACAGGAUGGUGAAUGUUGUGUAUGAUGUUGUGAGUUCCAGCCUUUUGUAAACUUGGUUAUUCAUAGUUCCUGCUAAGUCUUUACGUUUAAUAUGCAAGUUUCGUUCGUCUUGAUGUGGAA